UUUUGUCCAUAUUUACUUUUUACAAUAACAUUUCGACGGAUCGACCAGCCAAGCAUCUCACAAACUAUAUUAUCACCCAUCCGCGUCUACAACUGCUAUUGACGUAUUCCUUGAGUGGAAACAUUCCAAGAGCAACGAUAAUCUAUUGACUGUUGAGGAACCUUUAGAUUGAUCAGAAGACUUGCGUUUAUCAGCCGUUUGUUUGCAUCAUCAUCAUGGGUCACUUGUUUUCGUCCGAGGCAGUAAACAUGGAGGGCAAAGAGGCAACGUACAUCAAAGGUAUCACACAUGAUAAAUGUGUAGUAGUCUUCUCCAAGACUCACUGUCCAUUUUGCCAUAAAGUCAAGACAAUCUUUGAGGACUUCGGUGCCAGCUACGAAGUGGUGGAGAUGGAUAAACGUUCCGAUACGAGUGCAAUGCAAGCUGUACUUGGAAAGAUGACGGGUGCUUCCACGGUUCCGCGAGUAUUCAUCCAGGGCAAGUGCGUAGGCGGUUACGAUGACACCAAGAGACUACAGGACUCGGGCCGUCUAGAAGAGAUGCUACGGGAUUGCAACGCCAUAGAGUAACGCAGCCUCUGAAUGCCAUCCACUGGCCGUUCAGGGUUUAGCGCUUAUGAGUGAAGAUUGGGACGUUCGGUCGUUGGAAUACAACAGUAAUGGCCUUGGAUACAGCAUCGCAAAAUUGUUUGUGGACUUUAUUUCUUUCCACAGUUAAAACACUCCAUACCUGUAACCACUAAGCAAUGCAAGGUAUUGUAUGAAUAUGAAGCACAUCUAUUUGAGAGGG